GCUGCCGACGUACCUGCUGGGAAGGAUUCUCCUGCAGACAGAGCAUCUCUGCCAGCCAGAGAGUUGGAGAGGUGCUAGGGAUCCCAUCCAGAAGCACCGACCCGGCCCCGAGUGGCAGGAAUAGCGCGGAGCACCACCCGUGGUGCUGCAGGACGACCCCUGGCAGGGAGCCGGCAGCCCUCCCCAAGGUUUGCUGCUCCUCCUAGUUCGGUGGGAUGGAUAAGCCAGGCCUUUUGUUGUAGGGGAACGUGCUCCCUUCUGCCUGUCACCCGGGACGGGGACCUGGGUCCCCUCAUAGCUGCCUUCACCUGUGUCACUCCGGGAACGUCAUCCCGCGUGGUGCGGAGCCGGUUCCGCAGGAGGGACCCUGGGAGCGGAGUUUCUGCAGCGUCAGAAAACUUUGAUUCAUCUGCGAAGGUGGUGAAUGAAGGAGGGAUGUGACCUGGAAAGGAUAAACAGGAAGAUGGGGAUGUUUCUUCAGCUUGGAAAAAAGGCUGGGUUUUUCCCCCCCCUCCCGUCUCAGGAUCACUGGAAGGGAUUAUACAAAUGAGAGCAGGAAACUGCAGUCAGGGCUUUGCCAGAAAUAGAUUUAUGGGUUUGGUUUGCUUUUUUUUUUUCUCCUUCCUUCUUCUUCUGCUAUAAAUGAAGAAAUAUGCGAGUCCGUAGAGGCUGUUCCACAUGCACCCUUCACACUUUGAUUGCCAAGUCAUUUGCAUCUGUCUUCUCUGAAGUGACAUCCACCCUGCCAUGGGAGUUGACAUGUAAUCACAAAGAAUCAAAAAACUCCUGGAAGCCAGCGAGCUGCCGCUGAGACAACUUCCCAAAGACAGAAGUUUGGAGCGAGCAGAAAAUGCUCUGAGUGUGGUGGGGCUUGGUCUGGGGUUUUGGGGUGUUUUUUUUUGCGAGUAGAAGAGAAGAAUCAUCUGGGAAAGAUGUUAAAUGUGAAUUUUUUACCCAACCGCCGUCACUCGUGGAUUUGCUUCGACGUGGAAAAUGGCCCUUCUCCAGGCCGCAGCCCGCUGGACCCGCAGGCCAGCUCCUCCUCGGGGCUCGUCCUGCACACGACCUUCCCAGGCCACAGCCAGCGCCGGGAGUCCUUCCUCUACAGAUCCGACAGCGACUACGACUUGUCACCAAAGACCAUGUCCAGGAACUCCUCUCUCCCGAGUGAACAGCAUGGGGACGACCUGAUUGUCACACCUUUUGCCCAGGUGCUGGCAAGUCUACGAAGUGUGAGGAACAACUUCACACUCCUCACCAAUUUGCAUGGCACCUCCAACAAGAGAUCUCCAGCAACGAGUCAGCCGCCUGUCUCCAGAGUCAACCUGCAAGGUUCUUUUGGAGGUGAAGACUUGACCUGUGGCCAGCAGGACCAGGGCAGGGAUUAUUCCCCUGUAUUCAGCACUGAGGAGCCCUACCAGAAGCUGGCCAUGGAGACUUUGGAGGAGCUCGACUGGUGUUUGGAUCAGCUGGAGACCAUCCAGACCUACCGCUCCGUCAGCGAGAUGGCAUCCAACAAGUUCAAGAGGAUGCUGAACCGGGAGCUGACACACCUCUCCGAGAUGAGCCGCUCCGGCAACCAGGUGUCCGAGUACAUUUCCAACACCUUCCUGGACAAGCAGAAUGAUGUGGAGAUUCCUUCUCCCACCCAGAAAGACAGAGAGAAGAAGAAAAAGCAGCAGCUCAUGACACAGAUCAGUGGAGUGAAAAAACUAAUGCACAGUUCAAGCUUAAAUAACACCAGCAUCUCACGGUUUGGUGUGAAAACAGAAAAGGAGGACCAUCUGGCCAAGGAACUGGAAGAUCUGAAUAAGUGGGGUCUCAACAUCUUCAACGUGGCAAGGUACUCCCACAACAGGCCGCUCACCUGCAUCAUGUACGCCAUAUUUCAGGAGCGAGACCUGCUAAAAACCUUCAAGAUCUCAUCAGACACGUUCGUGACGUACAUGAUGACGCUGGAAGACCACUACCACUCAGACGUGGCUUACCACAACAGCCUCCAUGCUGCUGACGUUGCCCAGUCCACCCAUGUUCUGCUCUCUACCCCUGCACUAGAUGCUGUCUUCACUGAUUUGGAAAUCCUUGCUGCCAUUUUUGCAGCUGCAAUCCAUGACGUGGAUCACCCUGGGGUCUCCAAUCAAUUUCUCAUUAAUACAAAUUCUGAACUAGCCCUGAUGUACAAUGAUGAGUCUGUCUUGGAGAACCACCAUCUGGCUGUGGGCUUCAAACUGCUUCAAGAGGAGCACUGUGACAUCUUCCAGAACCUGACCAAGAAGCAGCGUCAGACGCUCAGGAAGAUGGUGAUUGACAUGGUAUUGGCAACAGAUAUGUCCAAGCAUAUGAGCCUGUUAGCUGACCUGAAGACUAUGGUGGAAACCAAGAAGGUGACCAGUUCAGGAGUCCUCCUUCUGGACAACUACACAGACAGAAUACAGGUUCUCCGCAAUAUGGUGCACUGCGCGGACCUGAGCAACCCCACCAAGUCUCUGGAGCUGUACCGGCAGUGGACGGACCGGAUCAUGGAGGAGUUCUUCCAGCAGGGAGACAAGGAGAGGGAAAGAGGAAUGGAAAUCAGCCCAAUGUGUGACAAACACACGGCGUCGGUGGAGAAAUCACAGGUGGGAUUCAUUGACUACAUUGUCCACCCGCUAUGGGAGACGUGGGCUGACCUGGUGCAACCUGACGCCCAGGACAUCCUGGACACGUUGGAGGACAACAGGAACUGGUACCAGAGCAUGAUACCUCAGAGCCCAUCUCCUCCACUUGAGGAGCGGGGCAGGGACUGUCAGAACCUGAUGGAGAAGUUCCAGUUUGAACUGACGUUGGAGGAGGAGGAUUCGGAUGGGCCAGAGAAGGACAGCGAGAGCCUCGGCUACUUCAGCAAUACAAAGACACUCUGUGUGGCUGACCCAGGGGAAGAGGAUGCCCAGAGGGAGGCAAACAUAGAGAUUGUGACAGAAGAUACAUCUCCUGUGGACACAUAAUGUCCUGUCCCCGUGUGAGUGGAUUUUCAACACUUCGUGAGCGUUGCAGGCGGUCUCGCAGACGCGCCCGCAGCCUGGGUCUGAGGCCUGUGUCCUGACACCGGCUGCCAGAUCUUCCCAGCUACUUGAGAUUGGAGUCAGGGUUGAAGAUGGUGUUAGUGGUGAACGCUUGACGAUUGCUCAGGAAAUUAACAGGUGAUUUGAGUUGAGGUUCGAGCCCGCUGAGAGCGUGGCGUGGGCCUGGAGCUGGCUUUGGGGUGGUGACUGAAGAGUGGCCGACACACAACUGAGAGAUUUUUUUUUUUCUACUGUUAGUUUUGGAAUUUGUACUGGUUUAAACUGAUAGAAACUACUGAUGAACAACUCUCCAUGUACAACCUGUCCACCCGACCACCUGUCUGCAGACCUGUGUGCCUUCUUUGUAAACACUUUCAUGUCCUUUUUUCAGGAGUCUCGUAAAUUUCUCUACACGGGGUUUAGUACAACAGAAGUGUCUCUGAGAGUUGACUGACAACCUUCUUUUGAUUCUUCCUGUUAAUGAGAAGCAGUCUUCCUUUUUUUCAUGGGCAAUACCUUGUCACUUUACUGCAGUUACUCACUUUUGACAGCCUCAGCGGGAGGGAAACCCUCUGGUUCAUGUCACCGCACCUGUAAUCAUCUUCUCUGGUCGGCAUCACUUCCAUCGUUCUUCUCAACGCUUCCCCAUUUUGGGUCACUUCAUGCCAUCCCUGCUUGCUAGGAAUAACCACCAGUGUUUUCUCUCCUCUGUGGGGUUUUGUUUCUGUGGUGUGCAGGAUAGAGGGUAGUUUGCUCCCUGUCUGAAGUCAGUGUGGUGAGGCAGUGUGUGACACGCUCGUGUCGUCGUCCCCCCAUCCCAUCCCCACCUCAGCAGCUCCUUGGCUCAGUGGAAUUUGCACGCUCGGGUAAUUUGUGUUUCUCCUGCCUAUUGUUCCUUAGGUUUAGGUCCACCUUCCUCCUCCUCCUCUUCCUCCUGCACUGCCUCGAGCUCUAACACCUCCAUUACUGUUUAUAACAGUGUAUUUAUUACCUACUGUACAUACUGUAAUGUUUUGUAAGUUAUUAAUUUAUAUGAGUUAGCAUCGCCUGGCGGCGGCGACGUUAACAGUGUAGAAAACUUGGGAUAAGAGUUGCCUUUGUUUUGGUUUUUUUGUUUUGUUUUUUUUCUCCUAAUCUUUUAUAUUGAGAUAAAAUACCAAAACCUGAACAUAGCUGAAGAAACAGACACAACCCAGGAAGGGCAUUUUGAGUGGCAGUCACACCCAUGGUGGGGUUCAUCUUCAGGGUGAGAGAGAUGAGACCGCAGGGUAGCAAGAAAUGCUCAAAACCUUAAGGGGAAGAACCCCCCAAAA